CACUAGUGGACAAAAACAUUCCUCUGAAGAAUUUAUAACUGAUGGUAGAAAUUACAAAACUUGUAAUAAUUGUAGAUUCACAAGGGCUGAGAAAAAAAGUGAAUUAGUCAAUAGUUCUAGUAUUGAAAGUUCUUUUGUUGAAAUAAUCUCUAUUCAAGAAGUUA